CCACUUGAACUACCCACUGCCCUCUUUCUUUGAUUGUUCCAAUAGGUUCCACCAAACUCAUAAAUAAUUAAAAAAAACACCAUACUCCAUCCCUUUCUUCUCUUCACUCUUCAAUUCUUGUGUUAGUAGUCUUGACACCCAAUUCAAGAUUCAUUACAUCUUUCAUUUCUCCAUUCCAAUUGAGGAGUAAUUUUUUUGCUGUGUCCAUAAAUGGGUGGUGAAACUAAGGUUUAUACGUUGGCUGAAGUUGCCCCUCACAACAAUAACAAAGAUUGUUGGCUUGUUAUUAGUGGCAAGGUGUACGAUGUGACAAAAUUCUUGGACGACCACCCAGGUGGCGAUGAGGUUUUGUUGGCUGCUACUGGAAAGGAUGCGACUGAUGAUUUUGAGGAUGUCGGCCACAGCACCAGUGCUCGAGCAAUGUUGGAUGAGUAUUACGUAGGCAAUAUUGAUUCAGCAACCAUCCCUACAAAAACCAAGUACACUCCUCCUAAUCAGCCUCAUUACAACCAGGACAAAACAUCCGAGUUUGUAAUUAAGCUCCUCCAGUUCUUAGUUCCCCUGAUAAUAUUGGGUGUAGCUGUUGGCAUCCGCUUCUACACCAAACAACAAUCAGCUUGAAGAUUGAGUACGCGAUGAAUUCAUAAUAAGUGUCCACAUUUCCGAAAUGUGACCCUUACCCCACCCCCAAAGAAAAACCCCCACCAAAGAUAAGCUAGAGAAGAAAAAAAAAUUGGUUUUUAUUUUUCUAUUUCUGUGACUUCAUAGUUACAUUGUUCUUGUUGUAAUAGAUAUUUGAUUUAUGCAGUUCAGUCUUGUGAACUUGGAUUAUUGACAUUUGCUGUUGCUUAUUAUGAUUUGUUCUACUCUCUUGAUAUGAACUUGGGAUGAUA